AUGAAUAAUCGAAAUCCAAAGAAAAGAGAUCAUAGUUCUGAGAGUAGUCGACCAAACAAGAAACAGAAACAAGAUUUUCAGAGUUCCAAUUCACAAGCUGUUCCUUUAGGAGACAUUACAAAUUCGCUUACUACACCGGCAAAAGAUGCAAGAACUCAUAGGCGCUUCCUAAUGCAACAGAAAAGGAACAGAGACACUGCAACGGAUACAGGAAGUAUUUCUCAGAAUCUACGAGCAACUAAUGGAACAGCAUCCAGUGAAGUUUUAAACCCGACUCAACAAGGGGACUUAGUAACUAAUGCUACCGAACAACCAGUUUCGAAAAGAUCAAGAGUGGACAAGCAGAAGGAAGUUAUAACUACACAUGCUACUGUUCGUCCAACAACUGGGAAUUGUUUACGACAUGUUCCUACUCAAUUCAGUCAACUUCCGUUGAGUGGUUAUACCGAGGCAUCAUCAUCUAUCAAUUCAGUCGUUAAUAACGGUCGUGAAAAUAGGACAACCUUGAAAGAUUCUGAUUCAGAAAGCGGUGAUGACCUUUGGGAUUGUUCAAGCAACGAAGGCGAUGUUAAUCAAUCGGAGUCGGACGAUGGAGAGGAUGAUCCCACAGAAAUGUUAAGACGUUAUCAAGUCACGACAAUGCUGUACGACUCUUUUGCUAAGUUAUUUGGUGGUUCAGAAAACCAGAUUCGCAAACCACAAUCCACUGGAGGCGCGAGUUCUUCAUCCCCACAAGUCACCAAACCACAAUCCACUGGAGGCGCAAGUUCUUCAUCCACACCAGUUCAUUGUAUUCUCGAAGAAGCGUACAAAGAUGAUGGAGAUCUUACAUAUGAAUGCCCAAAAUGUGGAGCUUUGUUUUGGUACAACGAGCGAAUUAGUAAGACCAGGAAUCCGAAAGUUCCAGUAUUUACUAUGUGUUGUAUGAGAGGAAAAGUCAGACUACCUACUCUAAAGGAACCACCAGCUUAUCUGCAUGGUCUGCUUACGAAUGAUGACAGUAUCAGUAAGCAUUUCCGCGAUAAUAUUCGACCUAUAAAUAUGAUGUUUUCUUUUACAUCUCUUGGUGGGAAGAUUGAUAACUCGGUCAAUACGGGCAAAGGUCCUAGAAUUUUUAAACUUCACGGUGAGAAUUAUCAUUUGAUUGGGAGUGUCAAGCCUAGACCCGACGAACCGGCCAAGUUUUCGCAGUUGUAUAUUCACGAUACGGAGAAUGAAGUUCAAAACCGUAUCUCAGCAUUAAGUGGAAACUCAGGUAGAAGUAAGAUAAGAGAAGAUUUGGUUGAAGGUAUAAUGGAGAUGUUAAGGAACUCGAACGUGCAUGUGAAGUCAUUUAGGAAUGCGAUGGAUAGAUUUAAUGACGAAGAAGAAUGUGAAGGUUUAUCCUUGAAGUUAAUUCAUACUAGGGUCCAAGAUGGUCGUGUCUACAAUUUACCAACAGCUUCUGAAGUUGCAGCUUUGGUGGUUGGUGAUUUUGAAGAAAACAUGGACAAGAGGGAUAUUAUAUUGGAAAAGAGUAAUGGGAAAUUGAAAAGGAUUAGCGAGCUACAUCCAUGUUAUCUUCCUCUUCAAUAUCCAUUGCUUUUUCCAUAUGGAGAAGAUGGAUUCCGGCUGGGUAUUAAAAACGGAUUCACAGGCAUAAACAAAAAAAAAAAGCCAAACAUUAGUAUGAGGGAGUACUUCGCCUAUCUGAUCCAAGUUCGUCGAGUUGGUUCUCAGGUUCUGCUUCUAUCAAGACGUUUAUUGCAGCAAUUCUUGGUGGAUGCAUAUACAAUGAUAGAAGCCCAUCGUCUUCGGUACAUUCGUAAGAAUCAGUCGAAUCUGAGGACUUUGAAUUUUAGUAAGUUUGUGGAUGCUGCCAAAGAUGGCAAUUCAACAGUUUCUAUUGAAGGGGCACGUAUUCUCCUUCCCUCAACAUUCACCGGUGGACCGAGAUAUAUGCAUAUGAUGUAUCUGGAUGCAAUGUCUAUAUGCAAAUACCAUGGAUAUCCGUCUCUCUUCAUUACAUACACGUGUAAUCCCAAAUGGCCAGAGCUCAUUAGAUGUUUUCAGGAUAACAAACUAAGAGCAGAGGACAGACCUGAACUAUGCUGUAGGUUAUUCAAAGUCAAGCUUGAUAAGUUAAUCGAUGACCUAACAAAGAAGCAUGUACUUGGAAAAACAGUUACAGUAAUUUACACUGUUGAGUUUCAGAAGAGAGGGCUCCCUCAUGCUCAUAUUUUGUUGUUUAUGGAUAAACAACAUCAACUUCCUUCUCCAGAAGACAUAGAUCGUAUCAUAUCUGCAGAGAUUCCAGAUAGGAAAGAAGAACCCAGAUUAUUUGAAAUAGUGAAAGAUAUGAUGAUUCAUGGUCCAUGUGGUGUAGUUAAUAGAGAUUCUCCAUGCAUGCAGGAUGGGAAAUGUUCUAAAUUUUUUCCUAAGAAGCACGUCGAAAAAACAACAGUUGAUGCCCAAGGUUAUCCUAUUUACAAAAGGAGGGACAGUGGCCGCUUGAUUGAGAAGAAAGGUAUUCAGCUUGAUAACCGUUUUGUUGUCCCCUACAAUAAGAAGCUACUACUUGGGUAUAAUGCUCACAUCAAUGUUGAAUGGUGCAAUCAAUCCCGAUCCAUCAAGUACUUAUUUAAGUACAUCAACAAAGGGCAAGACCGUGUCACUGGAACUUAUCGUUCAACACCAGUUGAGCACCUAACUUUCCAUCUUGAAGGAGAGCAACCGGUGGUUUACAAGGAUGGGGACACUGUCGAAAAUGUCUUGGCUAGAGCGUCUCAGAGUAGAACAAUGUUUUUAGCUUGGUUUAUAUGCUGCGAGAUGUACCCCGAAGCUAGAGAGCUAACAUACCCAGAGCUUCCAACGAAAUUUGUAUAUGAUGCAAAGAUCAAACUCUGGAAUCCAAGAAAGAGAGGGUUUGCGAUAGGUAGAUUGGCUCCUGCUUCUCCCUUAUCUGGACAGAAAUACUACCUACGAGUCUUGAUUAACAAGGUUAAGGGUGCAAGAUCUUAUGAUGAUAUCAAGAGAGUUAAUGGGAUUGUUCAACCAAGUUACGAGGAAGCGUGUUUUGCAAGGGGUCUUUUGGAUGACGAUAAAGAGUACAUUGAAGAUCUUAAGGAAUGUAGUUUUUGGGCAUCAAGUGGUUAUGUUCGCAAGCUCUUUGUGCACAUGUUGAUGUCUGGUAGUUUGUCAUCGCCAAAGAAGUUAUGGGAAUCCACGAUAGAUAUUCUUUCAGAAGAUGUGAUAUAUAAUGAACGGAAAAGACGCCGAAAUCCAGCACUGAUGUUGAGUGAUGAUGAAGUCAAGAACGCCACCUUAGUCUUGAUAGAGAAUAUUCUGCGUAGUAAGAAUUCGUCGCUGAGUAAUUGGGACGCAAUGCCCAAACCGGUUUAUCCUGCGCAAUCAGUACAAGAGAAUCAACUGUUGCAAGAUGAACUUAACUAUCAAAGGGAAGAUCUGCGAGCCAAACACGAUGACUGGCUUCUUAAGUUGACAGAUGAGCAGAGGUCUGUGUAUGACCAGAUUAUUGGUUCUGUACGGAGCAAAAAAGGUGGUGUCUACUUCGUUUAUGGUUUUGGGGGUACAGGGAAGACAUUUUUGUGGAAUAUACUUUCAGCUGCAGUCCGUUCGAGAGGUGAAAUUGUGUUGAAUGUUGCAUCUAGCGGUAUAGCUGCUUUGUUACUCCCAGGUGGAAGAACAGCUCAUUCAAGGUUUGGUAUCCCCAUUAAUCCAGAUGAGUUCUCUACUUGCAAUAUUGAACCAGGAAGUGACAAGGCUGAACUAAUAGCUAGAGCGUCACUUAUUAUUUGGGAUGAAGCCCCUAUGAUGAGCAAACAUUGUUUUGAAGCUCUUGAUAGGAGUUUAUGUGACAUCAUGAAGACCACGGACUCUAGACCUUUUGGAGGAAAGGUGGUUGUUUUUGGAGGUGAUUUUAGGCAAAUACUUCCAGUUAUUCCAAGAGGGAACAGAACUGAUAUUGUCAUGGCUACUAUGUGCUCUUCUUAUCUCUGGAAGCAUUGUAAAGUUUUAGAGCUAACUAAAAACAUGCGGCUCUUCUCAGAAACUGAAGCACACGAGGCUGAGGAGAUUAAGGAAUUUUCGAGAUGGAUUUUGGAUGUAGGAGAUGGGAAAAUUAAUGAGCCUAAUAGUGGAGAAUGCAUCAUCGAUAUUCCCAAGGAUUUACUGAUCACUGAAUGCCGGGAUCCUAUAGAGUCUAUUGUUUCAGAAGUGUACGGUGAUACCUUCAAAGACUCAAAAGAUCCAUGCUUUUUUCAAGAAAGAGCGAUUUUGUGUCCAACUAAUGAAAAUGUGGAUGUUAUUAAUAACUACAUGCUUGAUCGUCUCACAGGAGAGGAAAAGAUUUAUCUAAGCUCUGAUAGCAUUGACCCAUCUGAUACGAAUUCUAAAGAUGACUCGGUUUUCUCACCGGAGUUUUUGAAUAGUAUCAAAGCAUCGGGGUUACCAAACCAUUCUCUGAGGCUGAAGAUUGGGACACCAGUAAUGAUUCUCAGAAAUAUUGAUCCGAGUGAAGGUCUAUGCAAUGGGACAAGGUUGCAGAUUACUCAACUUGCUAAUCAUAUUGUAGGAGCGACAAUAAUUACAGGGAAUCGAGUUGGAGAGAAGGUUUGGUUACACCGUGUGUUAAUUACACCAACAGAUGCAAGGCUUCCUUUCAAGAUGAGGCGUAGGCAAUUUCCAAUUAAAGUUGCCUUUGCAAUGACAAUCAACAAGAGCCAGGGUCAAUCGCUUGAAAGGGUUGGUUUAUUUUUACCUAAACCAGUCUUUUCUCAUGGACAAUUCUACGUGGCUGUGUCUAGGGUGAAAUCAAGAAAGGGUCUGAAGAUCCUAAUUACUGACAAAGAAGGGAAACCUGAAGAAUCAACAAUGAAUGUGGUGUAUAAGGAAAUUUUUCAGAAGGUGUUUGUCAAUUGA